AUGAUCCCCCCUUAUGGGAAAAUACACGUUUCUCUGUCAAACGAAUAUGUUGAAUUUUACGAAGAAAAAAGUUUAAAGGGGCCACUCAAAUGUACAGGAAAAGAAAAUGGCAUAAAAUUAUCAUGUGAAGAGGAGGAGUCUACCACCGUUGGGUGCACACGGGAUGAUGUGUUUGUGGAUCGACAUACAGGUGAGAAAGAUUUAAGGAAAACGAAUAAUCAGCGUGGAUGCAACGAUGCCCGAUUAGGUAAACACCAUUUGGGAGAUGGUAAAGGGGGUAACACGUCGCCGGAGUUAACUUCCUCUGGUAUAAGCAGCACGCAAGGUGAGAAGAGCAAGCUCCAGGUAGAGGCGGCAACAGGGUUGCUUGUUCCUCCUGCACAGCACGGAGGUACAGAAUCCUUGAGGAGAGGUGACAGCGGUGUUGCUAGCGUCGACAAUAUGCGUGCUGGACGUGCCAGCCCUGGCGAGGGUUCCCCGAACCAAGUGAAAUGCAAAAGAAAAAGGGCAACGCCCCCCACUGUCCGACUAAAAAGUUUCAAAAGAAUCUUUAACAGAACAUUCAGUAAAUAUUACUUUAUCGGAAGGCCAUUUAGGAGGUACGUGAAAAUUAGAAAAAGUGCUUCACAGGAAAAAGUGAAAAAAAGCGCAAGGAAAAAAGUUAGUACAGAUGGGAUAACCAUAUCGAAGAAAAAAGGAGCACUGGCAUAUCAUGGGGUGGAGGACUUUUCUGUCAAGAGGCAGGAUAUGGUAUCCUCCGACAGCGCCAAAAGGGGAAGCGAGGUUACAAUGGGGGAGGAAGCACACACUGAGGGGAACAUAAAUUCAGUGAAAAAAUGCCUCCAUCAGGUGCUGCUGCGCCCCCCAAAGGUGCGCUUAACAAAUAGGGGGAACGUCUUAUUGUCCAAAAUGAUAACAAAGGAAAACAUUUCCAAAAAAAAGGUGGAAAAGAUGGAAAAGAUGGAAAAGGUGAAAAAGAUGAAAAUCGUAAAAAAAAUAAUAAAGGAAGGAAAGCCCGUUGAUUUUAAAAGGAAAAGCAGUGUUGACGAGGAUGCAGAUCCGCAGAUCGGCGAAGACAAAUGCCACACGCUUGUGCAUAGGGAGAAGUGCAAAUCGAUGGGGAAAGGGGUAGUUAACGGAAGGGACGAGAUUAUAAAUGGAAGUUUUUCAUCCCGAAUUGAAGGCAACUGCAUGCUGGCGUACACAGAGGGCAGUCCUAAAAAGAAGAAGAAGAGGAAGAAAAAGAAGAAAAAGAACGGUACCCCCGAGGGGGACAAUACGAUCGACGGUGGGGGACGCAGUUUUCUUGAAGGAAGCCCAGGUGAUGCAGAUUUAACGGGCAAACGCCUGGUGGAUGGAAAACCAAAUGGAAACGCCGCCAUGCAUGAGGAUACUUUUCCUGAGAAGGUACACCGCGAGACACCUGAUUCCAUGCAAAAAGCGCAACGAGAAAGUGGACAACAUAGCAAAGAGGGUGCAAUGACGGCACCCCCCAAUGGAGUCACUGUGGAUAAUGAAGAGGAUAGGUGCAACAAAAGUGUAAGAGAGAAGGGAGAAUGGAAAGGCAUGAUGGUGGCGCCAACUGGUGAAGUGAAAGAAGGGGGGAAACGAAAAAAAAAAAAAAAAAAAAGCGGAAGUGCUAUUGGCAAUAGUAGUGUCAACCCCAGUGAGGAUGACGAACAGAAGCCAAGCGAACUGAACCAAAGAGAAUACCUAAUACUGAAGGAAAUAAAAAUAAAGCAGAGCAAGGAAGUGGUGCAGCUGAACCUAGACUCGUCAUUCUUUGUGUCAAAAGGAGCGGGUUUGUACAACUAUGGCCAGAAUAUCUGCUUCUUUAACAGCAUAAUACAGACCAUAGUGAGGAUCCCCUACAUCUGCAAAGAUCUGUUAAACAAAUUGCAUUCCCUAAAUUGUGAAAAAAAGAAAGUCAGCGUGUUCUGCUUCUAUUGCUUGUUCGAACAGUUCGCCUGCAACAUAAUAUCCAAAAAGUGCGGAAUAAAAAAUAUGCUCAUCCCAUAUAUUAAGAAAUACAUAUGUAAUAACUACAUUGUUGGUUAUCAGGAAGAUGUGCAUGAGUAUCUGCGUUACUUUCUUUGCUCGCUAGAGAAGUCUUCCCUCUCCUCGUCCAUUUAUAUACAGAAAAUGUUCACGGGGGUGACAAAGAACAUAACGAUAUGCACAAAAUGCAACAAUGUGUCAUUAAAAUAUGAACAGUAUUAUGAGCUUUCCUUGGAUAUCAGUUCAUCCAACAAUUUAGAAGAGGCGCUUAAGAAAUACCUGUCGAAGGAAACCCUUAUGGGUGAUAAUGGCUACUACUGUGACAAAUGCAGGAAAAAAAAAAAAGCCACGAAACAGUGUGUUAUAAAUAAACUGCCAAGAGUACUGACCAUACAAAUUAAAAGAUUUUUUAUGAAUUCCAAAUUUCACGUUGUAAAAAAUCACAAACAUAUUUCCUAUCCUUUGUAUUUGGACAUGAAGGGCUAUGUGAACAACUACGACUUGUUUCAAAAUGACUUUAACAAUAAUGUGAUUUCGCUGUACGAGAAGGUGAACCCCUCCAAGGGGGCAGCAAGCGUCCAACGAAACGGUGUAGGAAAUGGCCAGCAAAAUGGUACAGCAAGUGACCAGCGUAAUGCCCCUCGCGGUUCGCGCCCCAAUCCGCACGUCCUCAACCAAAUCGCGCACAUCUUCGCCGAGCUGAAAAGGGAAGUGUGCAAGAGGAAAAUAAAAAAUCAGCUCACCCCUGCGGAUCUGAGAAGCAUCAUCAUGGAAACAAAAAAACGAAUCAUAAAAGAACUCAACAAAAUAAAAUUCUCCAAAUUUUACAACGACAUUCUUUUGAGCAUAUCGAAGGACAUCGACACGCUGUACUGCCACAUACGGUCCAACGCUAGUAGCAAACAUUUUAGCUUGAAGGGCGCCCAUUUUAACUUCAAGGUAGAGUACCUCAAUGGGGAGGAGCACCACCGUCCCCGCCAGUAUGAACAGUCUACCACCGAAAAUGGCAAUCGAAGCGAAACAAACCGGUUUGGCGAAAGAAAAGAGCACUCACAGCGUGAAACGCACAGUACGAAGAAUCACCCCAACCAAAGGAACGCAAGUUAUUUCUCGUACGAAUUAACGGGACUAAUUAAGCACAUCGGCUCCGGAACAGAAUAUGGACACUACGUAGCGCUCACCAAGUCGAACAACAACAUUUACCUUCUCUGUGAUGACAAUAACAUUUCAUACAUCAAUAAAAAAGACAUCCUAAAUUGUGUGAAGAAUGCCUACGUUUUCAUUUACACGUGUAUCCACCCCGGCUUUAUCGACUUCUAUAAUAAAUAUGUAGAUGUCUUGGAAAAAAAAAAGUUUAAUAUAAACUUGCCCGUAUUUGAGAAGCGCGUCGAAUUUAAGGAACGCAUAACUAUGCCCAAGCAGAAGUUCAUCAGUAGGUCGCUCCAUUUUUGA